AUGUCCGCCGUCCAUGGACACUGUGAGCCCGCAUUCAACAAAGUGCGGGAUCUAUUGGAACAAAACAUUCUCUCAGAAGAGGAGUUGGGUGCUUCUCUCUGCGUCAACAUUGACGGCCAAGACGUCGUCAACCUAUGGGGCGGUUAUGCCGAUCGAGCACGCUCGAAGCCCUGGAAAGAAGAUACAAUCUCCAUCGUCUGGUCAACGUCCAAAUGCAUCACCAAUCUUGCAGCACUCGUCUUGAUUGAUCGAGGGCUUCUUGACCCAUUCGCCAGUGUAUCGCAGUACUGGCCUGAAUUCGCUACCAACGAGAAGGAGAGUGUCAAGGUCUGGCAUGUUCUCACUCAUUCCGCCGGCCUCCCCGCAUGGCAAAGACCAACGACCAUCGAGGAAGUAUACGAUGUGACCAAGGCGAAUGAGCGCCUCGCUGGAGAUCCACUCUGGUGGACACCAGGUACUGCGACAGGCUAUCAUCCCGUCACGCAGGGACAUAUUAUCAGCGAGCUUGUGCUGCGUGUAACGGGAAAGCGGGCGCGAGAAUUUAUUGCAGAGGAGCUUGCCGGUCCACUCAAGGCCGACUUCCAGCUCGGUGUCCUUGAAAAGGACCGGUCUCGUGUGGCAGAGGUUAUAGCGCCAGCACCAAUGGAUCCCCCACCCGAUUUCGACAUGGACGGGAUUGCAGGGCGCGCCAUUACAACUCCUCUCAUGCAGGCAGAGCUCGCCGAGACCACAGCAUUUCAGGAUGCAGAAAUGGCAUCUGGCAACGGCUUUGGAACUGCCAAGGGCAUCGCUAGGAUACUCUCCGCCAUAUCUUUGGGUGGAACAGUCGAUGGGAAGAAGCUGCUCGGACCUGAAACAGCCAAGUUAGCGGCUACUGAGCAGAUCAGAGGCAAGGAUGUGGUUCUGGCAACAGAUGUCAGAUUCGGAAUGGGCUUUGGGCUUCGUGUAGAAAGUGGAAUGGCUUGGAUCCGCGAAGGUAGUUGCUACUGGGGCGGAUGGGGAGGUUCUCUCGCGAUCAUGAACCCGAAGAACAGAAUAACCAUCUGUUAUGUCCCAUCGCGGAUGCAAAAUCAUGGACCAACGGGGGAUCCUCGGACGGAAUCCUAUGUCAAAGCUAUCUACGAAAGCAUUGGUAUAUGA